AUGUUUUUGCAUGUUUCUGGUCUUUAUCUUUUCACUCGUGGCUUCUUACUUACUCGUUUGGCAUUAAAUAAUCGAAGCAAUUGUAUAACAACGCCGACAGCAGGUGCUGAAGGAACAACCACAUUUAAUGAAUGCUGGCAAUGGCCACGUUUUAGUAAAGUAGUGUUGAUCGUAAUUGACGCAUUGAGAUUUGAUUUCGCAAUACAUCAUGAAGAUAAUAAAACACAUUCUGAAUUUUAUCACAAUAAACUUUCUAUAUUCAAUAAAUUGCUGACAAAAGAACCCGAAAAUGCCAUGUUAUUCCAAUAUGUGGCGGAUGCACCUACAACUACUCUACAACGGCUAAAAGCAUUGACAACAGGCACUCUUCCCACUUUUAUCGAUGCCGGAACUAAUUUCGCCGGAUCCGCAAUAGAUGAAGACAAUUUAAUAUAUCAAUUAUGGAAGAAUGGCCAAAAUAUUGCAUUUAUGGGAGACGAUACUUGGACAUCGUUAUUCCCUGAGCAACUAGACUCUAAUCACACUUUUCCCUUCCCUUCUUUUAAUGUAAAAGACCUUCACGGAGUAGACGAUGGUAUUCUACAAUUACUGAGUCCCGCGCUUGAGAAAAAAGAUCCCCCAUGGAAAGACGAAGACAGUGAAUGGGAUGUUCUUAUUGCUCAUUUUCUUGGUGUUGAUCAUUGUGGUCAUCGUUAUGGUCCUGAUCAUCCUGCGAUGGCGGCAAAAUUGACACAGAUGAGUGAAAUGAUCGAGAAUGUAAUUGAAUUGAUGGAUAAAUAUACACUAUUACUUGUCAUGGGUGAUCAUGGAAUGGAUUCGAAAGGAGAUCACGGUGGCGAUAGUGAUAAUGAAGUGGAAUCAGCUUUAUUUAUUUAUAGUAAGAAACAACAACUUCUAGAUUCUCAUAUGACAAAAAAUCUUGCGAAUGUUCUUAAACAAUUGGAUGAUAAUUUUCCCGGACAACGUUCUUCGUUUACCGGUCAAUUUGAUCAAUGGCGCUCUAUACCGCAGAUUGAUAUUGUCCCCACCUUAUCAUUGUUACUUGGAUUACCAAUUCCAUACAACAAUCUCGGAUCAGUAAUACCAGAAAUAUUUCUUCUGUUCAAAGAUAAAGAGACUACAAGUAGUAUAAACGAUUCUUGGAAAACUUUAUUGGAUGCUGUUCGACUCAAUGCUCAUCAAGUCUACAGAUAUCUAAAAGAAUAUUCACGUUUACAACCGACUAGCGAAUUAUCCAAAGAAUCUAUACACAUUCUUGAUAAUUUAUAUCAAAAUGCAGAAAAUCAGUAUGAUUUAAUGAGAAAGUCAUUUGAGAUAUCAUCAGAAGAAUUAGAGAACUUGUAUUUGAAUUACAUGAUUUUCAUGCGAGUGGUACUCACCACAUGUCGUCGUAUAUGGGCACAAUUUGAUUUUCCUUUAAUGAUAUCUGGAAUUUCAGUGCUAAUAUUGAGUUGUGUAUGUAUUUUCAUAUAUGUGUUGAGAGACAAUUCAUCAAUUGAGAAAGAAAAUCAAAAAAUAGUUUCACGGGUUUUUACUGGAGGUGUACUUGGAAUUAUAUUUGCAAGAUUAAUUCAUGUUUUACUAUAUCCAGUCAUAAAAGAUUCAAUAUUUACAAGACUAGAUGUUAUGAUAUUUGGAGCCUCAUUUGGAUCUAUCAUCGGAUUCUUUGUGCAUCAUUAUUAUCAUGUGCGAGGUGGUUUGUUCUUUGAAUACAGAAACAAAUUUUCUCUUGUUUCUUUUGACAAAUUUUUGGCAUUACUAUUUCAAAUUUUACACGUUCUCUCAUUUGCUUCAAAUAGCUACACAGUCUAUGAAGAUAGUAUUGUCCUUUUUAUUUUACAGACUUUUGGAAUAUUGACAUUUAUAUCCGGAUUCAAAAAUAAUAUUUACAAUCAUAGUUUAUUACGAAAAAGACAUUUAUUUCUCAGCUCAAUUUUUCUUUUGUUGACUCGGAUUGCAUCCUAUUCUACUAUUUGCCGUGAAGAGCAAAUGCUAUAUUGCACACCUACUUUUUAUGCUAGUGCUUCGACAUCAGUAUCUCCCCCGACUGCUUUAAUAGCUUUAGUAGCCACCGGACCCAUUAUGCCUUACUUCAUUCGAUCCUUAUUCAAUAACACCAAAAGUUAUAAUGGAUUUGCGCCAAUAUGGAAUGAUUGGUUCUUGAGAGCUGGGUUGAUACUCUCAGCUGCUUAUUGGCUCUUAGAUAACAGAAAGUGGGCUCAUGAUUUUAUUGCACGAAUGGCUUUUGGGAUCGCGUUAAUAGUGGGCAAUAUAGCGUGGUGGAAAAACCCAUUAUUUUCGGGCUAUUCAAAUGUGUUUGGCGCUAGUUAUUUUCUUUACUUGACCACAAUAUAUUUGACGGUCAUUAUCACGCAAAAGCCGAUGGGUAGUCUUAUGAUUUCAUUGAUUCUUUUGCAAAUUAUGACUCUUGUGGAAAUUAUUGAUGCAAAACGCGAUGCACAAAAAUUAGGCAAUUCCAUUACUACCACCACUACUUUUAAUACUGGUUUCGAAAAUAUACUAGAGAUCACAAUCCUAGGAUUACUUGCAACACAUUAUUUCUUUUCAACUGGUCAUCAAGCAACACUGCCUUCGAUACAAUGGUCUGCGGGAUUUAUAGGAAUCGCCGAACUCAAUUAUAUCAUUUCUCCAAUUCUAGUGAUUAUUAACACAUUAGGGUCACAUAUUUUGGUAUCUAUCGCUGUCCCAUUGAUAGUUUUUUGGAAACUUUCGCCAACCAUUUUUGACGACGAAAAUACAAGGUCACUCUCAUCAUUGAUGAUAUAUUCAAGGCUUUUACGAACAAUCUUAUUAUAUAUAUUGUAUCAGACGUUGAUCGCAGUAAGUACUAGUUUUUGGGCGGGAUGUUGGUUUUCCAGGCAUUUGAUGGUUUGGAAAGUUUUCGCCCCACGGUUUAUGUUAGCUGGUGUUGUAUUGGUUAUUACGGAUUUUUUUAUUUGUGUGGCUGUUUUCUGUACUAGUCGUAAAAUUUUAAUGGAGGUUGAAAAAUUGCUUAAAGUUGUGCUAAGGGUUGAUGAUAUAUCUCUUUAUUGA